AAAGAAGAGGGCUCCCUCAAGACGGAAGGCUCGGAUGGCCCGCGGGUGAAGGGGGAGCCUCGCAUGAGCCCCCGAGGGGGCUGCAAGAGGAAGCUGGCCAUGUCAAGGUGUGAAACUUGUGGGACAGAAGAGGCAAAGUACAGAUGUCCACGCUGCAUGAGAUAUUCCUGCAGUUUGCCCUGCGUAAAGAAGCACAAAGCAGAACUGACUUGUAAUGGAGUCCGAGAUAAAACCGCUUACAUCUCACUACAGCAGUUUACGGAGAUGAAUCUCCUAAGUGACUAUCGGUUUUUGGAAGACGUGGCAAGAACUGCAGACCAGGUUUCAAGAGAUACUUUCUUGAAAAGACCAAAGCGCAAAAAAUACCUGUUAUUUAUGAAAAAUCGUGCCCGAAAGCAAGGUAUUUUCUUAAAGCUUCUACCCAAUGGAUUCAGCAAGAGGAAAGAAAAUUCAACAGUUUUUGAUCAUAGGAAGCAGCAGUUCUGCUGGCAUGUAAAGCUCCAGUUUCCCCAGAGUCAGGCCGAGUACACAGAAAAAAGAGUACCAGAUGAUAAAACUAUUAAUGAAAUUCUAAAACCUUACAUCGAUCCUGAGAAGUCUGAUCCUGUGAUUCGUCAAAGAUUGAAAGCCUAUGUACACUCACAGACUGGGGUCCAAAUUUUAAUGAGGGCUGAAAAUAUGCAGCAAAAUUUUGUAAGGUAUUAUGAACUGGACCCUAACAAAAGUCUUUUAGAUAAUUUGAGGAGCAAAGUGAUCAUUGAAUAUCCAACUUUGCACGUGGUGUUGAAAGGAUCUAGUAGUGGCAUGCAGCUUCUUCACCAAGUGAAAAGUGAAUCUACCCAGAAGCUUGGCAAUGGAAAUUGAGCACUUGCAGAAGAAGGUGGAAGUUCCCAGAUGGUUGAGAAGAUUGUGUGUGGAUUGGGUGACUGGGGUACUCUCAGAGGGUGGUUGGAAUGUGUUUGUCUAAAAGGAAAUUAAACAAUAUAACUUUCUUUCAAAAAAAAGUGCAUUUUGUCGCCUUUUGAAUGAACUGAUGUACAAAGGCUCCUUCCUCACUAGACUUCAGUAUGCCUACUCUAUAUGCUGAAACAGUUUUAUUGUUAGAGUGGCACAAGACCAAACCCAAGGGUCACCUGUGUCAGCCACAAAGAUGGCCUCCUGCAUGGUCGCACCUCACUGAAGAGAAUGCCACACAGCGAAGCAUCUAGCCAAGGAGAACUCUUCCAAGACUUGACCAUCCUCAUGUUUUGGUUAUCCAUAACCCCUCUUAAGACAUCUCAUACUUGAGACACUCCCAGUCGUAAGGGAAGGUGAAAUAAACAUGAGCCACCAUGUGCUGCAUUCAGUUAAAGAGACCUACAGCUCCACCUUGAGUUAUUGAUGACCUCGUCUCACCAGUUCUGUGCCGCACGCACUCCCAGUUGACUCUGGUUGCUGUACAGGACACAGUGAUGACCAGCUUGGUGCUGUAUUUUGAUGCAUCUAAAGAAAACACCCACUUGAGUAUGUUGAAGAAGUGUGCAAGGUGUAGUUAUGUGUGCACGUGGCUUGACUUAUGAGCAGUCCACAUACUGAAAUUAAACUAAUAAUUUCAUGUGCAUUUGUGCAACCCUGAAACUUUAGUUGGACUAUAAAAGAGUAAAGAAUUACAUCUGUAUUGCA